CCAAACCUCCUGAUGGUAACUGCUAUCAGCCGAUGACAUAACCCCCCACCACAUCUAACGUGUUUCUAUGUGAAAUCGUCCGUCUUGUCUGGGCCCAUCAAAUCACGCAUUAUUUCCUUCACUGCACCCUCAAGUUGUCCCUUUUUCUCUUUUUUCUCUUUCUUCUUUCUCCUCCUCACUAUCCCCUUCACCGAGAAAGCACCAAACUCACCAUGUCCAAGACCGAGCAGAAAGCCUGCCUCAUCGUCAUUGAUGGCUGGGGUAUCCCCUCCAACGAGAGCCCCAAGAAUGGCGAUGCCAUUGCCGCUGCCGAAACCCCCGUCAUGGACCAGCUCUCCCAGGACGUGAACGGCUUCACCGAACUCGAUGCCUCGUCGCUGGCGGUAGGGCUUCCCGAGGGCCUCAUGGGUAACUCCGAGGUUGGACACUUGAACAUCGGCGCUGGUCGUGUCGUCUGGCAGGACGUCGUUCGAAUUGAUCAGACCAUCAAGAACGGCGAGUUGAGCCAGAAUGAGGUCAUCAAGAAGACCUGCGAGGCUGCUGCCGCUGGCAAUGGCCGAUUGCAUCUGUGCGGUCUCGUCUCCCACGGUGGUGUCCACUCUAAGCAAACCCACCUCUACGCCCUCGUCAAGGCUGCCAAGGAGUACGGCGUUUCCAAGGUCUUCAUCCACUUCUUCGGCGAUGGCCGUGACACCGACCCCAAGUCCGGCGCUGGCUACAUGGAGGAGCUUGUCGAGACUCUUGCCGAGAUUGGUCUUGGCCAGAUUGCCACCGUCGUCGGCCGCUACUAUGCCAUGGACCGUGAUAAGCGCUGGGAGCGAGUCGAGCUUGCCCUGAAGGGUAUGGUCCUGGGUGAGGGCGAGGCCACUGAAGACCCUGUUGCCGCUGUCAAGGCUCGAUAUGAGCUCGGCGGUAGCAAGGACAAGGAUGAGUUCCUGACCCCCAUUAUUGUUGGCGGUGAGGAGAGCCGUAUCAAGGAUGACGACAUUGUCUUCUUCUUCAACUACCGAUCGGAUCGUGUCCGCCAGAUCACCCAGGUCCUUGGCGGUGUCGACCAAUCCGUCCUCCCCGACUUCCCCUACCCCAAGCUCGACAGGUUGGUCACCAUGACCUCUUACAAGGGAGACUACCCCUUCGAGGUUGCCUUCGCACCCCAGCGCAUGGGCAACGUCCUGGCCGAGUGGCUGGGCAAGCAGAACGUGGAGCAGGUCCACAUUGCUGAGACUGAGAAGUACGCUCACGUCACAUUCUUCUUCAACGGCGGUGUUGAGAAGGUCUUCCCCCUUGAGACCCGAGACCAGUCCCAGGAUCUUGUCCCCUCCAACAAGUCGGUCGCCACCUACGACCUUGCCCCCGAGAUGUCCGCCGAUGGCGUUGCCGACCAGGUUGUCAAGCGUCUCGCCGAGCAGCAGUUCCCCUUCGUCAUGAACAACUUUGCCCCCCCUGACAUGGUUGGCCACACUGGCGUGUACGAGGCUGCCAUUGUCGGCUGCGCGACCACCGACAAGGCCAUUGGCAAGAUCCUCGAUGGCUGCAAGAAGGAGGGCUACAUCCUCUUCAUCACCUCUGAUCACGGCAACGCCGAGGAGAUGAAGUUCGCCGACGGUAAGCCCAAGACCAGCCACACCACCAACAAGGUGCCCUUCAUCAUGGCCAACGCCCCCGAGGGUUGGAGCCUCAAGACGGGCGACGGUGUUCUGGGCGAUGUCGCUCCCACGAUCCUGGCUGCCAUGGGUCUGCCCCAGCCCGAGGAGAUGACUGGCAAGUCUCUCCUUGAGAAGGACCUCAAGCGCAAUGCCGAGUAAAUUGUUUUUAGCUAUUAUAGUAGCAGUGGCUGGUUGUCGCUUGUUGACUUUGGGAGCGAGUUGUGCGUUGUGCGUUGUGCGUUGUGUUGUGAGUUGGCAGGCGACUCUGGAGUUGAGGCGGUUAGGGAUAGACGAGACAUGCUCGACUGAGGAUAGACCUAGAGACAUAAAAAGGAACAAGACUCUCUAUGAAUUAAGAUGCCAAAAUUACCAUCUUCUCACGUACUCUACGCGCUCGGUUCUUACUUGUAACUAAAUACCAUGCGACGUUGUCUCUUGAAGAAACACUUAACUACCUACUGCGCCUACGGGAUUUUGUGAAGUUUUUUCAACUGCAGCAACCGCACACGCACGGCUAGCUUCCCGUUGCCAAAGAACGAACCACAACGCCCAGAAUCGAAUACAUUUGACCAAAACGGCAUACCGAAACAGAAUUCCCAACCAAAUACGGGACGUGUUCAAUAGUUGGUCACCGUGAUACGAUUGG